CCCGAAACUCCACCUUCCGGGCGCGCGGCGCGGAGCCGGGCGGUGGGAAUGGAGCGAGCAGAUUGAGGCCGCCACUGCAGCGCCGCCGGCAUGAACUUGGCCGCAAGCUGAAGCAGCCGGCGGCGGGCGGGCGCGGGGGCACCGGCCGCUAGCCAGAGGGUGAUCUGCAACCGGGCCGGGCCACUCAGCCGGUGCCCGAGGCCAGGCUGCCUGCGCCGGCGGCCGCCCGCCCCUCGGGCACUGCCCCCGCCGCCGCCGAGGGAGCUCCGCAGCACGCCCUGUGUCUAGGUCGUUUGGGAAGCGCCUUGGAGAGUCAAGAAUAAAAUUGCAGGUCAAACAAUGGAUGACUGGAAAAGUCGGCUUGUAAUCAAGAGCAUGGUUCCCCAUUUCGCCAUGGUGGGAAAUCGUCAGGAGCCCAGAAAGCUCCAGGAAUCGGGACCCACUAAAAGGAGACAGGAAGGAGAUAGCUUCCAGUUUCCAGGCAUGGCUGACGGAGGUUACCCUAAUAAAAUCAAGAGGCCUUGCCUUGAAGACGUUACCCUUUCUAUGGGCCCAGGCGCCCAUCACAGCACACCCUGUGCAGAGCUGCAGGUGCCUCCAUUGACAAUGAACCCUAGCCCUGCCGCCGUGGGAGUACCUGGCCAUCCAUUACCACUCGAAACUAAUCCCAUGAAUGGCAGCAUGAUGGGUUCACCGUUUGCAGUGCCAUCGGCUGCAGAAAUGGGACUGAAAGGGCCUUCCGGUCCCUACUAUGACAAAGCCAACAGCAUGCCGGCUGUGGACCAGGAACUUCAAGAUCUCCUGGAGGAGCUAACAAAAAUUCAAGAACCUUCUCCGAAUGAGCUUGAUCUUGAGAAGAUACUGGGGAGCAAACCAGAAGAACCACUGGUGUUAGAGCACCCGCAAGCAACCCUCGGUGCCAGUGCCAAGCCUUCGGUUCAGAUGCCACACUUGGAGAGCCUCGGUUCCAGCAAGGAGUUUGCUUCCAGCUGUGGCCAGCUCCCGGGCACGCCACUGCCAGUCCCACCUUCCCCGGCCGGGCUCAGCUAUGUGAUUCCUGCCAGCGGGAAGCAAGUGGCCUCGCCGGGCUCUUCAGCAGCACAGACCAAGAGCCAGGUCCAGGGGAUGGUCCCUGUCGCUCUGCCCCCACUCCCAGUGCCUCAGUGGCAUCACGCCCACCAGCUGAAGGUGCUGGCAGCCAGCAAGCAGGGGUCUGCUACGAGGCAGCCGGGGCCCAACCCCAGUUGGUCUGGCCUGCCUCCUCCAGGCCUCUCCCCAUCUUACCGCCCGGUGCCGUCACCACACCCGCCGCCACCGCCGUUCAGCCCUCAGAGCCUCAUGGUGUCCUGCAUGGCGUCCGGCAACCUGCCCGGGAGCGCUUUCCAAGGCUCCCCCAAUGCCUUACUGGCCAGCAUGGCAUCCGGCAGCAGUGCCGCCCUGGGGCCCCCUGUGCUCUACACUCCCGAGAAGCUCCCCAGCCCGGCUCUCAAUCAGCAGCCGCAGUACAGCCCACAGAGCUCCCUCCUUGCCAACCUGGUGUCCUCUAGUAUCAAAAGUCCUCAGGGACACCUGAUGUCUGCUUUGCCCACCAGCAACCCGGGGCCAUCCCCGCCCUACCGCCCGGAGAAGCUCUCCAGCCCAGGCUUGCCGCAGCAGUCCUUCACUCCGCAGUGCUCCCUGAUCCGGAGCCUCACCCCCUCCGGCAAUCCGCUAAGUCAGCAGCAGCAGCCGCCUUCGCAGCAGCCAGCAAACACCAUCUUCAAGCCCAUGGCCACCAACCCACCCAAAACCCUGAGCGUGAUCAUGCAGCAGGGGCUGGCCAGCCCCAGCCCGGGAGCCCCGGAGCCGUUCACUUUUGGCAACACCAAGCCCCUGUCACAUUUUGUUUCUGAGCCGGGCCCCCAGAAGAUGCCCUCCAUGCCCGCCACCUCGAGGCAGCCGUCCCUGCUCCACUACCUGCAGCAGCCGACGCCGACCCCGGCCUCUUCUGCCACCGCCUCCUCCACCGCCACUGCCACUUUGCAGCUGCAGCAGCAGCCUGACCACUCCUCUCUCCUCCUGCAGCAAAUGAUGCAGCAGCCGCCCCCGCGCUUUCAGCGGCCAGUGGCCCCGGACUCCAUGCCUUCUCUGCCCAGACAGCAAGAGAAGCAGAGAUCAGGUCUUAUGGCAAUGACCCCUGAACAGCGGAGUACAUAUAUUGCCCAACAGAUGAGUCAGUUUCAAGCCGUCCAAGAACAAGUCACGUCCAAGUGUAACCAGACUGAGGCAAGCCCCCCAUCCAACCAGCCUAUGAUGCCACCCAGAGCUGGGCUCCUUCAGAACAAUCUGAGUCCAGGAAUGAUCCCACCCACCAGGCACCAGAGCCAUGAAGGCAUGGGCGUGAUCUCACCGACUCCGGGCAAGCAGCAAGGAAUUUUCAACUCCGGCCCCCUGUUUCCCGUACCCUUGCGCCUUGGCCAGAACCCCCUAAGUAGCCUCGGUUCUGUCUGUCGUCGUCUGCAGAUUCCCAAGGCCACUCCCUCAAGAGUGCCCCUGCCUGGGUUCUGUCCCAGGCCCCUGAGUAGCCAGCCCCCGAGCCCCCACCAGCUCAGACAGCCCUGUGUGCCAAGAAUGCCCGCAGUGUUCAACAAUGCUGCAUGGGCGGCGGCGGCAGCUGUGACCACAGCGGUCUCAAGGGAACCGGCCUUGAGCCGUGUAGAUAAUAGCGUCCAGCAGCAUUUUGAUAGCAACUCCAUCUUCACCAAGGCGCCCGCAAGAGUUCCCAUGGUAGCCCCGACAUUUCCACCGCAUCAGGCAAUUGCGCCCCCCAAUCAGGUGACCCCAGGAGGCAGGCCAGGCCAUAAAGUGAGUGCGGCUCUGGUUGACCCUAGCUUCAGCCCGCUGGGCAACCAGAGCCUCGGCCAGAGCCCGGUGCAGGGUCCCGUGCCUGCGCUCAAUGCCACCAAAUCCCUCCAGCAGGGAAUGGCCAGCUUUGGUCCCAUGAGUCCCAUACAGGGCAUCGAGCCGCCAAGCUACGUGGCCGCCGCCGCCGCCGCUGCCGCUGCCUCUGCCGUCGCUGCCAGCCAGUCCCCAGGUCCAUUCCCCAGAAUGGGCAACCCCCCUGAGCUGCCACCCUAUGACUUUCUGCCCCAGCCCCAGCCCCAACUAAAUGGUCUGAUCUCACCCCCUGACUGUAGUGAGGUGGAUUUCAUCGAAGCUCUGUUGAAGGGCCCCAGCGCAAGCCCAGAGGAAGGCUGGGUGUGCGACCUGAGGCUCAUCGACGACAUUUUGGAAGAGCACGCCGCCGCCCACGAUGCUGCCGCCCAGAGCGCGGGGGGCUUUAAGUGCCCGUGGAAAACCCUGUGCUGCCACCACUUUAGGCAGUGGCUGGACCCAUAGCAAAUUCACAGCCACCUCCACAGCCACACAGUUUCCUCAUCACAUUUGAGUGGCAUCAGCCUGUGCUCAUCCCUGUCUCUACCUGUGACAAAAUGGAAAGCUGGUGAUUUUUCAAGCUACCUGUACAUAUUUGAAAAUUUUGUAAAUGGUUUUCGUAAACGUUAAUGACAGAAGUAUUUAUACUUCAUUUUGUGACUUUGUAAAUAAAGUGACGGCUUUUGUUUCAGUAGAGUUGUGUUUAUUAUGCAUUGUUUGUGUUUACUAUACAUUGUUGCAAAUAUGCAGGCUGUGUUCUUUGCCCCAGCGCUACCUUGUUAAGCUGGUUGUUAAGCCCCAGCACUACCUUAGAAGCCAGGUGGUUGUUGCUUAUGGUUUUGAUGUAAUGGCAGGUGUGGAUGUGACCAAGAGGCAUUGUACAAACUGACAAAUGCCAAGUAGAAACCCCUUGGCCAUUUAUUGCCAUUUUCACUAAAAAUUAUAUCGUCUUGUGUGAUUCUUAAACUCUUAAACUCUUUCGCAAACCUGUUGGGUCUCCGCUGGCUCUUUCCUGAUGCGCAUAUUACAGCAGAAGCUUUACAAGUGCCCCGCAGAGGAAAUUUGCCAGGAGGCUAAGAGUUCUGUAGAUUUGGGAGGGGUGAAAAGAGAGCCUGUGAGCUGAACACUGGCUGCGCUGUCCACCUUGAGGAUCUAGAGUGUUCUCCGUUUAUCAUUCAGACAGAGAAACCCCCAGGUUCACACUUCUCCAGUGGCACCUUGCAGGGUGGAGAUUAGAUGUACCUGGUUUAAAGCCUUUCAGUAUUUGUUUUCAUGUAUGGUCUGUGGUUGGAGGGGGGAGUCUGUAAACAUUAAUAGUUGAUUUGGGGUUUGUCUUUGAUGGUUUUUAUCUGCAAUUAUUGUCAUGUAUAUUUAAGUGUCUGUUAUAGAAAACCCACACGUGUUCUGUAAACUUUUUCUCAGUGUCCAGACUCUGUGUAAUCACAUUUUAAUUGCCACCUCCUUUUUCGCCUUUACAUUUGAAAUCUGGCGUCUGUUUCAAGCCAGUGCGUUUUUUCUUUGUUCUGUAAUAAACAGCCAGGAGAAAAGUG